AUCGAAUCGAUCUCCACUGAUAUAUCGAACAUGUGGCGGUUUGGGAUUUUUUUCGUGUUUUGAGGCAAACAACUUUUCUGGAGGAACAUGUUUCUCAGCCCAUUCCCACAGAUUCAGUCUAACAGUGAUCGUGAUUGAGUGUUAUUGAGUUGAUUGGGUAAAUUGCAGGUCAAAUGGGUGACAAAAGUGUUCUCGUUAUCGGUAGCGGCGGACGUGAGCAUGCCAUAAGCUGGAAAUUGGCUCAAAGUUCUCGCGUGGGGGCUGUUUUCUGCCUUCCUGGCAAUCCAGGCUUUGCUUCAUCCCCCAAAAUCCAUCUCCUGCCCUCUGCUUCAAGCAAACAUGAAGAUAUUCUCGAAUUUUGUCGCGAAAAAGCCAUCAAUCUGGUGAUUGUGGGACCAGAAGAUCCUCUAGCUAAAGGCCUCGGAGAUGAUCUCAAAAAUGCCGGGAUCAAGUGUUUCGGUCCUGGAAGUUCAGGCGCAAGGAUUGAGGCAGACAAAGAGUGGGCUAAGAAGUUCAUGAUCCGAAAUGGAAUCCCAACAGCACGUUUUGAAUCCUUCACUGAUCCCGAAAAAGCCAAGAAUUUCAUCCAAAGCGCCCCAUUUGACGCCCUCGUUGUAAAAGCGAGUGGUUUGGCUGCAGGGAAAGGUGUUGUCGUGGCAGCUAAUAAGGCGCAAGCCUGUGCUGCUGUAGAUGAGAUUCUAACGUCCAGGAAAUUCGGAGAAGCAGGAUCUGUGAUUGUGAUUGAGGAAAAACUCACAGGAGAAGAAGUUUCUGUUCUGGCAUUUGUCGAUGGGCAGACCGUGAAGGUUCUACUUCCGGCGCAGGAUCAUAAACGCCUGGGAGAUGGUGAUCUGGGCCCAAAUACAGGAGGAAUGGGCGCAUAUUGCCCAUGUCCUCUCGUCACUCCUGGCCAGAUGGACAUCAUCACACAGGAAGUGCUCCAGAAAGCUGUCGAUGGGCUAAGGACUGAAGGGAUUCCCUACUGCGGAGUCUUAUAUGCCGGAAUGAUGCUGACGCCCAAUGGUCCCAAGACCUUGGAAUUCAACUGUCGCUUUGGAGAUCCUGAGACUCAAGUUAUCCUGCCGCUGCUGGAGAGUGAUCUCUAUGAGAUUGCCCUGGCAUGCUGCGAAGGGCGUCUCAGUGGGAUGGAGAUCUCCUGGAAGGGAGAUCUUCAUGCUGUAGGCGUUGUGAUGGCCAGUCGUGGGUAUCCGGAAACAUCCACAAAAGGCUGCAAGAUCUCAGGAAUUGACAAGGUGACAAUGCAGAGUGGGAAGAUUGUCUUCCACAGUGGAACGAGGAUGAAUCCCGAGGGAUGCUUCGAGACGAAUGGAGGAAGGGUGCUGAUCAAUGUGGCCCUGGGAAGUUCCCUGGCCAUGGCAGCUGCAGAGGCUACAGCUGCUUGUGAAGUGGUCAGCUUCGAUGGGGCUCAGUUCAGGAGGGAUAUUGGCCAGAAGGCGAUUGUCAAGGCUUCGUACAGAGCCAGUGGUGUGAAUAUUGAUGCUGGAGAGGAAUUGGUGAAGAGGAUCAAGCCUCUGGCCCGUGGUACAGAUCGUCCGGGGGUUAUUGGAGGUUUGGGUGGCUUUGGUGGCCUUUUCCGUCUCAAUGGUGUCACUCGCAAGGGUGCCGAUGGGCAGGAGAAGCCAUACAGGGAUCCUGUUCUUGUCCAGGGCACCGAUGGCGUGGGUACGAAGCUCAAGAUAGCCGAAUCGAUGCAACUGUAUGAGACUAUUGGGGUGGAUUUGGUGGCCAUGUGCGUCAAUGAUGUUCUCUGUGCUGGAGCUGAACCUCUGGCUUUCCUGGACUACAUUGCCUGUGGUCAGUUGGAAGUUCACAAGGCAGCUAUGAUUGUCAAAGGGGUGGCUGAGGCUUGCCGGGAAGCCAAAUGCGCUCUUGUGGGAGGGGAGACAGCCGAAAUGCCGUACUUGUACGAAAAAGGUAAGUACGAUCUGGCUGGAUAUAGUCUGGGAGUUGUGGAAUUUGAGGAGAUCCUACCAAGGAUGGAGGAGAUUGUUCCGGGUGAUGUGGUUAUUGGACUACCAUCCUCGGGAGUCCAUAGCAAUGGAUUCAGCUUGGUGAAUAAGGUUAUGGCUGUUGAAGGAUUAAAGUUCACGGAUGAGGCUCCUUUUAGCACUUCCAGGAGUUGCUUUGGGAAGGAAUUUCUCACUCCCACGAGGAUUUACGUACAGGAACUGCUACCAUUUGUCCAGAGGAGAUCCCUCAGGGCUCUAGCGCACAUCACAGGAGGUGGACUUGUUGAGAAUAUCCCCAGAGUCCUGCCAGAUGACCUGGCUGUCCAUCUCAAUGCGGAAUCUUUUGAGAUUCUUCCUGUUUUUGGAUGGUUAGCAGCCCGGGGGAAUGUUAGCGAAGCGGAAAUGCUAAGGACUUUUAAUUGUGGCAUUGGAAUGGUUGUGAUUUGUGCUGCUGGUAGUGAUAUUAUCCAGGAACUGACGAAAAAUGACGGAAAGGUCAUUGGUGUUGUGGAAAAACGUUCCGGAAAGGCUGUUAUUGUGGAUAAUUUCGCUGAGGAGCUUCAAAAAGCAAAAGAACUUUUUGUAGAGUCCACAAAAGUUCCGGAAACCAUAACCUAUCAGUCAAGUGGAGUGGAUAUUACAGCUGGAGAUGAUUUUGUAAAGGAGAUUAAGCCUCUGGCUUCCAGAACGACGAAAAAGGGUGUUUUGGGGGGUCUGGGGAGCUUUGGAGCACUCUUCCGGCUCAGUGAGUGGGAGAAGAAGUUCAAGGAUCCAGUUCUGGUGCUUAGUACAGAUGGAGUGGGGACGAAAUUGAAGUUGGCGCAGGAGAUGAGGAAGCAUUUCAAUGUUGGGAUUGAUUUGGUUGCCAUGUGCGUCAAUGAUGUGAUCUGUACAGGAGCGGAUCCACUGACUUUCUUGGAUUACUUUGCCUGUGGACGUUUGAAUGUUGGCCAGGCUGUGGAAGUCCUCAAGGGGGUGACUGAGGGCUGUCAGAGGGGGAAGAGUGCCUUGGUUGGGGGAGAAACAGCAGAAAUGCCAGGAAUUUAUCAGCCUGGUGAGUAUGAUCUGGCGGGAUUUGCUCUAGGGGUGGCUGAGAGGGAGGAAAUCCUGCCGAAGGUGGAGAAAAUCAUUCCAGGAGAUGUGAUUGUUGGACUUCCAUCGAGUGGAAUUCACAGCAAUGGAUUCAGCUUGAUACACUUCAUACUGAAGCGUCUGGGGAAGUCCUGGACAGACCGGGCACCAUUCAGUGCAACUGGGAAGUCAUUUGGGGAGGAAUUCCUGAGGGAGACAACAAUUUAUGUGCAGGAAGUCCAGGAAGCUCUCGCUGCGUGCGAAAUCAAAGCCAUGGCUCACAUCACAGGAGGAGGUCUUGUGGAGAAUAUCCCAAGAGUCCUGCCUGGUAAUGUGAAGGCCCUGAUUGAUUUCAGCAGCGUCAACAUCCCUCCCGUGUUCUCCUGGAUCAGGAAUGCAGGGAAUGUAAGAAAUGAGGAAAUGCUGAGGACUUUCAAUUGCGGAAUUGGUUUUGUGUUCGUCCUGCACAGAUCUUGCCUGGAAAAGCUGAGGCACGGGAUGAUUGGGAGGCGCAUGGUGCUACUGGGAUCUAUUGAAUAUCGUCGAGGGGAUGAGGCUCAGGUGAAGAUUGAGAACUUCCACGAGAGGAUCUCUUUCUUCCAGAAUCUCUUGAGUACUCCUAGGAAAAAGGUGGGAAUUUUGAUUUCUGGGAAUGGAAGCAAUCUCCAGGCUCUGAUUGAUGCCAGUAGGGAUUCUGCAAGGAAUCUAUGGUGCGAUAUUUGUCUGGUGAUUUCGAAUAAAGAGGGAGUUUAUGGGUUGGAGAGGGCAGAAAAAGCUGGAAUUCCCAGCGUGGUACUCAAGCAUCGAGCUUUUGCGUCUAGGGAAGAGUUCGAUGAGGCCAUGUCUGAGAAACUCCAGGAGUAUGGAGUGGAGAUUGUUUGCCUGGCGGGAUUUAUGAGAAUCCUCACCGAGGGCUUUGUGCGACGCUGGAAAGGACGUUUACUAAACAUUCAUCCCUCUCUUUUGCCCAAGCACAAAGGAGUCUCUGCCCAGAAGCUCGCCCUAGAGGCUGGAGACACCGUUUCCGGAUGUACUGUGCAUUUUGUGGACGAAGGAGUCGAUACUGGUGCCAUAAUAACCCAAGAAAGCGUUCCUAUUCUUCCAGGAGACUCUGUGGAUUCCCUAUCCGAAAGAAUCCACCGAGCUGAACAUCUAGCCUUCCCCAAGGCCCUAGAGCUGAUUGUAACGGGACAACUGACCCUAGAAAACGAUGGGAAAACCCUCUGGAGAUCAUGGAAAUAAGCAACAACAUUUUUCUGACCAGAAUAUCACAUUUAUUCCAAUUUGUAAAUCUGUGAAAAAUAUAUUUUUUGACUAAU